CCCUAUAUAUAUAUUCUUUGUAUCAGUUCUAUAUUCAAGCCUUCCAACUUUAAACAUGAUGAAUUUUCAUUCCUCACUUUUUCUCCUUCUCCUUCUUCUUCCUCUUCUGGUUUCCACCACUGAGAAACAGGUAUAUAUAGUUUACUUUGGUGAGCACAGUGGAGCAAAAACCCUCCAACAAAUCGAAGAAAACCACCAUUCAUAUCUACUCUCUGUCAAGGAAACUGAGGAAGCUGCAAAAUCUUCUCUCAUUUACAGUUACAAGCACACCAUCAAUGGCUUCGCCGCGCUUCUCUCUCCUCUCGAAGCUUCCAAAUUAUCUAAGAUGGAGGAAGUGGUGUCGGUGCUUCGAAGCCAUCCACGAAAAUACGAAAUCCAUACGACGAGGUCGUGGGAAUUUGCAGGUGUGGAAGAGGCAAUGAAGAGUUCAGAAAAUAUGAAUAAGGAAGAUAUAUGGCUAAAAUCCAGCUAUGGAAAAGAUGUUAUUGUUGGCUUGUUGGAUAAUGGUGUAUGGCCGGAGUCAGAGAGCUUCAACGAUGAAGGGAUGGGUCCGAUACCUAACUCGUGGAAAGGAAUUUGCCAAACCGGCGACGAAUUCAACUCAUCUAACUGUAACAAAAGAUUUUUUUUUCUGAAGGGCCAAACAGUGACUCCACAUAAGUUGCAAAAGAAGCUAUACCCGUUAGUUUACGCGGGUCAAGUAGCCAACCCGGACGUGCCCAAGAACCUAUCCGGACAAUGCUUACCUGGUUCCCUCUCUUCCAAGAAGGCAAAGGGUAAGAUAGUACUGUGUUUGAGAGGGAAUGGGACAAGAGUGGGUAAAGGCAUGGAGGUGAAGAGAGCUGGAGGCAUUGGCUUCAUUUUAGGAAACAGUUUAGCAAAUGGAGAUGAAUUAGCAGCUGAUGCUCAUAUUCUUCCUGCCACUGCUGUCAACUACCAAAACAGUCUCAAGAUUAUGGACUACAUCCAUUCUUCCAAAGCCCCGACAGCCUACAUCGUACCGGGCACGACUGUUUUAGACAUCAAACCAGCACCUUUCAUGGCUGCUUUCUCCAGCAGAGGCCCUAGUGAUAUUUCGCCCGAGAUCCUCAAGCCAGACAUCACAGCUCCAGGGCUCAACAUACUAGCAGCGUGGAGUGAAGCAUCUUCUCCGACAAAACUGGAAGCAGACAAACGCGUGGUGAAGUACAACAUUCUCUCGGGAACUUCCAUGUCCUGCCCGCAUAUAGGUGGGGCGGCUGCUCUCCUCAAGGCGAUGCACCCCCGUUGGAGCAGUGCUGCCAUAAGAUCUGCUCUGAUAACCUCUGCCGGGCAGAAAAACAAUCAAGGUAGCAUGAUCACGGAUGCAUCCGGUAAUCCAGCGGACCCUUUCCAGUAUGGUGGCGGCCAUUUCAGACCAGCAAAAGCAGCAGAUCCCGGACUUGUUUAUGAUGCCUCCUAUACAGACUAUCUCCUCUACCUAUGCAGCAUCGGAGUUAAGAUUGAUUAUACCUUCAUAUGCCCGCAACAUUCAAUGGGUCCGUUAAACCUAAAUUACCCGACCCUGGCAAUACCCAGGCUGCGUGACAGUGUUACUUUGGUAAGAACAGUGACAAAUGUGGGAGGCAGCAAGAGUGUAUAUUUUGUGAGCAUGAAACCUCCACUUGGGAUCUUGGUAAAAAUAUGGCCUCCCAUACUACACUUCAAUAGUGUUGGGGAGAAAAGGAAUUUCACCAUUACAGUAAAAGUAGCAGAUGGUAGCAUUACAGGCAAAGGGGAGAAACCAUACGGAUUUGGAUGGUACAUGUGGUCUGAUGGAAUCCACGAUGUUCGGAGCCCCAUGGCCGUUUCAGUAGCCUAGUUCCUUCUAAGUUAUGCUAGUGUGGUAUCGAGCAUGA